AUGGCGUCAGGCUGCAAAAUCGGCCCGUCCAUCCUCAAUAGCGACCUGGCCUGCCUGGGGGCCGAGUGCACCCGGAUGCUGGAUUCCGGGGCCGACUAUCUGCACCUGGAUCGCCCUGGCAGCAAGGGCCGUGCUGUGUUUAUGCAUUUUGUUCCCAAUAUCACUUUUGGUCACCCUGUGGUAGAAAGCCUUCGAAAGCAGCUAGGCCAAGACCCUUUCUUUGACAUGCACAUGAUGGUUUCUAGACCAGAACAGUGGGUAAAACCAAUGGCUAUAGCAGGAGCAAAUCAAUAUACCUUUCAUCUGGAAGCUACUGAGAACCCUGGAGCACUGAUUAAAGAUAUUCGAGAGAAUGGGAUGAAGGUUGGUCUUGCUAUUAAACCGGGCACUACGGUUGAAUAUUUGGCACCAUGGGCCAAUCAGAUAGAUAUGGCCUUAGUCAUGACGGUGGAACCUGGCUUUGGAGGGCAAAAGUUCAUGGAAGACAUGAUGCCAAAGGUUCAUUGGUUGAGGACCCAGUUCCCCUCUCUGGAUAUUGAGGUAGAUGGUGGAGUAGGUCCUGACACAAUUCACAAAUGUGCAGAGGCAGGAGCUAAUAUGAUUGUAUCUGGCAGUGCUAUCAUGAGGAGCGAAGACCCCAGAUCUGUCAUCAAUCUCCUGAGAAAUGUUUGUUCAGAAGCUGCUCAGAAACGCUCUCUGGAUAGAUGAAAUUUCCAGGCAACUUUCCUCCUGUGCCCAGCCCACCUCCUCAAAGACCAGAUUAUUCAGCCUCAUUUUCACCUGGUGCACAAGAACACAAGGAGCUCAAGAAUCAUGCUGCUGCAGAGGUGGGGCCACUGCCUGUCCUGAGCAGUUAAGUCUUCAUCUUGUUGACUUCAGCAUACAUACAGAUAUGCCGAGGCCAAGAAUGGAAAUAGGUGCAUAUGUGAUAAUUACUAGGUUUUUAAAGAGAUGGGAAUUAAAUUUUUAUGUGGCCAAAAGUAGUUUUUACUCGAAGACUUGAUCUUAAAAAAAAGGAAUAUAUUAUGUUGCCUUGACUUAAGGUUCUGUCUCAGAGGCAGAAGAAAAAAACAGCAGCUGCUAACUAUAAAAGGACUAAAAUGGGCAAUACUGCUCCUCUUUAUUCUCAAAUGUUUGUGCAUCGUUAUAAAAGGUUUGCUUUACUCACUAGCUUUCUUUAGAAAACAAUUGUCUUUUUGUUUGGGGCAUCAGUUGAUUUUCAUAUAUAUAAUUUCUUUGUGUGACUGGGUUUCGUUUCUUGCAGGGAAAUCUAAGCUCAGUGCUUUUGAGUGGAAUGAGAUGAUUCCUUUCUAAGUUUCUUUAUCCCUUUCCCCUCCCACCAUCUCUUUAUACUUAUCUUGGCUACAUUUUCAUGUGACUAACCACCCUACUUGUUUUCCCAGUUGACCAAAUGAGACAAAACAUUUCCAGCCCCCACCCCCCUUUUUUCCUUCCCUUUGGGCAGUAACCUACUUUGGAACUAAACUAUAAGACGACUGAGGAUUAUGUUGUUUACAAGAGUUUAUUUUUUAUAUACUUUAAAAAAAACACAUUUAUUUCAAACUCUUUCCUGCCUAUAGCAAAAUAUGUUCAACACUUGGACAGAAAGCCGAGUUGUCUCUUUCUCCAGAUCAGAAGUAUGGCCUCAGAGGUCCUUCAGGUGGCUGGGUCCAAAAAUACAGAAGUGUAGGACAUCAUUGUCUUGGAGUGUCCUCAGGUCACAAGGAAAAAGGUAGCGGGGACUAUUCCAAAUAACUUUAAUUGACCACUUUUUAAAGAAUUCAUAAUUUGAUUAUGCUAAUACCAAUUUAGAUCCAGAAUUUUUUCAUUUAGUUCUGGACUUAGUGUAUCCUUACAUCUUACAGAGCACUUAGGUGCUUCUUGUAUCCUGGAUCUCAUUUCAUUCUUCUGACACUCUUAAAGGAAACAGAACAGUUAUUGUCCUCAUUUUACAACUGAGGAAACCAAAGCACAGAGCAGUAAGGCAACACAUGGAGGUUAUCUGGAUAGAGAUUUGGAGUUCAGACACAGUAACUUGCAUUACUGGAAUGAUGCCAGGAUCCUCUUCCAGGGUCUUUCAGAGCCCUAAAUGAAUGAACCUAGGUCCUUAUUGGGAGUAUGUCUGAUUGACAUGGUUUUAUUCUUUCACCUCCAGUGGUAAUAAUGCAGAAGAAUCCACAGAUCAGAGGUUUAUUUAUAACUACUGUGCUUGAUUAAAUAUUAGACAAUAACUGUAAUGGCUACUUCAAAGAAAUAGGAGUAGAACUUUAAUUAUCCUCAGGUUAAUGUGAAUUUUUUAUGUCUUUCAUUAUGCUGUAUGUAAACUAUAAACACGAUGUUUGACUUGAAUGAAUGAAUAGGGUGGGGAGAGGAGGGUUGCAUAGCAUUAUGAGGUAUAUUGUGUUUGUUUUUUAAAAAUAGGACUAUUUUGCUUGCUCUGUGUGAUUUGGGAAGCAGAAAAAGGAAGAUUUUUUAAACAAUAAGGAUAAUAAAACUUCACAAAGCAAAGUACUGAAAA